CCUCCCAAAACCGCACAUUUCAUUCUGUAUUUCUCACCCACCUUCUUUCUUUGUUUCUUCAGUAACUUCAUUACAUAACAUUGUAUCUUCUUCAAUUGAAACUUAAAUGCAUGGAAAUUUUCAGAGCGUUCAAGACUGGGACCUGAUUUCAGAUUUAUGGUCUAACUCCUCUCACCUCAACCCCUUUGACUUUACCAGUUUACCGACGAUCCUUCUCCCAUUUCGUACUAUGGACUCAACAGAGUCCAUGGCUGCAGAGUGGACAGACGAGAAGCACAGUUUGUACCUCAAAUCCAUGGAAACAUCAUUUGUUAACGAGUUGUAUGACUCCAUGGAGUUGGUUGGGGAACAUAUGGAAAAGGAGAACUCCACUCGUACAAAACCAUCCAAACAAACCCAUUCUAACACCCGUUCCCAUCGUGGCCAGUUUAAGGUCCUUCGAAAUGGAAAUUGGCAAAAGAUCAAUUAUGUAAGAACUGAACCUCGUGGAGUUAAUACAAAUGAAAUUCACAAUGCCCUUCUUUCAAACCCAUGGAUCCAACACUUUAGAUCCUCCCGUGAGGCCCAAGGUGCUGAAUCUUGCAGUGUCCCACAAGGUGCGGCGGUGUCUGCGAGUAGAGCGAGUGAUUCAAAUAGCAAGAAUGCAACGUCGUUGUGGGGAUCUUCUAGUUCAAAGCAGAUGGCCUUUUAUCACUCUAAUUUGUGCCAUAAAGAUUUGCUUGGUAACAAUACAGAGGUUUCAGACCAGAACUUUAUUGACGAAAAAAGUGAAGGAGAGAAAUCGAAAAGGGUUAACACUCAAGAACUUGGUGCUUAUAUAACUAAUGAUCAGGUGGUUCCACUUCGCAAGACUUUGUAACGCUUAGCAGCCUGAGCUAACCAAGGAGUUCAUUUAUAGAAAGUUAUAAAAUGUUCUGUUCAAUAGAUUAUAGCUAAAAAUAGGGUAAUGCAGAAAAGGAGGGUGAAUCUGAUGUUAAAUGGUGUUCUGUUCAAAAUACUCGAUCACAGAUUUUGUUAAUGGAUUUUUCCCCCUUCUUUCUCGUGGUAAUUGUCCAAAUGUCCAAACACUUCUCAGUUUCAUGGAAUAUUAUUGUCUGCUUUUUUGUAGAUAUUUAUGCUCGAAAGAGAAGUAUUAAAACAGCUGGGAACGUUAGUUGUAUCAUGUAUUUGAAAGAUUCCAUUUAAACUAAUAAACCCCGUAGCUUCUAGUA